GAACAAAAACGAAACCCUUGUCGCUCGCUCUCUCCGCCUUGUUUCCGCAAAAAGAAAAAGAAAACUCAAAAUCAGUGGAUGAUGGCGAAGAGAAUCGGUGGAGCUGGAAAAUCUAGGGGCGGAGACUCAACCAUCUUGGGGAGGAUCUCCAACUCCGAGAUCGUAUCUCAUGGAAGACGCGCCGCCGGAGAUGCCGUCGGAGUGUCGAAGAAAUUGCUGUGGAGCACCGGAAAAGCGGCGUGGAUCGCUGGUACAACGUUUCUCAUCCUUGUUGUUCCGUUGAUCAUCGAGAUGGAUCGUGAAGCUCAGCUCAACGAAAUAGAUCUCCAACAGGCUAGCCUCCUCGGAGCUCCGGCCCAACCUAUGCAAAGGGGAUUCUAGUAAACCCUAUGAACUGUGUUUUUGUCAGAUUUGGAUUCUUAUAAUAUUUCUUUAAAUGGAUUAACCUCUAAUGGACUGCUUAAACAUUGAUGGUGGUCUUCUUCAUGUUCUCAUAUUCAUGUUACUUUUAAGUUAUACUAUAUCGCAAUGUCGUGUGGGGUUUGAGUUUUAUAUAAGCAUACGGACGUGAUUGCGUCGUUAUGUUUUAUUAAA